CAUAAAUUGAGCUGGUGUGUUACUUUGGAGGAUAGCUCGCAAUGGAUUCAGUAAUCCUUGGAGGAAGGAUGGGUCCGAAGCAUGAGCUCUUUAAGAGGUGGCCAGUUUUGGUUCUAUGGUGGAGCUGUGGGACCUAUGUUUAGGAGUUGGGACUACUCUUUUGACAAUUGCUGGGAGGCGAGAUAAGGUAACGCAGUAACACACAUAAAUCAAUAUUUAGCAUACGUGUCAGUACGGCGAAAAUUUACCAACGAGCAUCAUACGGAUGAACUUUUUUAACUCCGUGGCGACUGAGGCGACUCGCGUGGCGACUGAGGCGAGCGCGGCGAGCCGGCCGCCGAUGCCAGCGGAUCCUUCUAAGAGGCGAGUAGGGGGGCGGUUCUGGGCUCUCGCUGGUUCGGAAGAUGAGGACAACGACGACGGGGACCCCGCCGGCAGAUCGCCGGCCGAUUACUCGCCGACGCCUUCCGACGUGAUCUGUGAGGCAUUCAGCCCCGGAUACUCGGAGGAGGAGGUGGCCGCGCUGGUCGACGAGAUUGUGCCUGGCGAUGAUCCGGCGCGGAUUGGGCUGCGUUUAGAGGAUAGGGUGGAGGUGGUUCGUCGGAUCGUUCACCGGAGGACGGCGGCGACGGCGAUUCGGCCUUGGAAAGGGCCACUGCCUAAGGUAUGCAUCCAACCACUAACCUUGUCCGAUUUUAUUCCGCAAGAUGCUUGGACUAGAGUGGUACGUAAGAAGAAGAAGAGGAUGGGGAUAUUGGAGCUAGCAACGCCGGCGUCGGUGAGCCGUACGGCGGCUGGGAUCCGGGCGGCUAGGGUUGCUCGUUUGAAUUCUCUCCUGGCCGUGAUGGGGCGGUCGAUGAGCGGGCCGGUUGUGAAUCUGUGCUUGGGUAUGAGGCCCAACAUGGGGGAGCUGAGGAGGGGCUGUCUGGACAGGUAUCGACUAGGCGUGUGGCCCAGGAGAGCCUGGACAAGUUUCCCGUGCCGAUCGAGCUGUGCAGGGUAGACGACGAUCGUGAUCGAGCAGACCGGGUCGGGGAUGAUCCGAAGUUUGUUGGGCCGGCGGAUGCUAUUGGGCCAACGUCUAGGGGGUAUGAGGCCCGUUUGGAUGUGGCUCCUAGCGAUACUACGGGGGGGGGGGGUGCAUGCAUGCUUUGUUCAUCCUCACCUUCGCCAUCGCUGCACCCUAGGGUUAGACGAUCGCCGCGCCUGCGUUUCGCCGGAUCUGGCCGGGCGCGCCGCAUCCUCCCUCUUGGUUCGAUGGCUGGAGCUGGAGGCGCUCCUCCUCCCGGGAAGAAGCCGCCUCCCAAUGGGGCUGGUCGGGCUGGGGGGUGCCGCCACCGGGUCCUGGCAGCGGACGGGGCGUGGUGCCGCCGGGUCCAGGUGCUGGCCGUGGAGCGCUGCAGGCGCCCGCUUCUGGUUCUGGUCGUGGUAGCGCGCCGAACACUCAUGCCACUGCGGCACGCGUGGCUGCCGGGGGCCCGUGGGGAGGCCGCCGGCUCCGGCCUUGCUGCCUGGCGGGCGGGGAGGACUGGGCGGACCGGGCUCCAGUCUUCGGCCGCUUGCUCCGGGAGGUGCGGCAGUGGAAGUUGUGGGCAGGGGGCCGUGCCUACUAGGCCUCCUGUGCCUUCGGGUCCGGUCCUUAGACCGUCUCCUUUCGUGCAGGGCACUACGGCCGUGGUAGCGGCGGGCCGGGGAGCUGCGCCACCUAGGCCUCAUGCCCCUCCUCCCCAUGUCGUUGCUCGCCCGCCCGAUUCUGCGCCUGCGCCCCGAGGUCAAUGGGGGGAUGACGGAUACGAUGCUUACGGGACUGGCCAGCACCGUGGUUCUUCAUCCACGGGUGGUGGUCGUGGUUAUGCCUGGUAGAGUGAUGGGUAAGUCGAGAGGCCUUUCUUGGGCCCUUCAGGUGGCUUCGUCGAGGGGCUCUCGGAUCCGGGUCAUCGGCACCGACAGGGUUAUCGAGGCUAUCGAGGUGGUCGGGGAGGUCGAGGGGGCCGGUACCGUCCACGUCCUCCGCCACCACCUGUUGUUGUAGACCAGACAACAGUUGACGGGGCUGUCGAGGAGCCUCUUCUGCCUGGCCACGCUAUGGAGGUGGUGACGGCUCUUGCUUCUAUGCAGGUUCCUGAGAACGAGGUUAUGACCGAUGUGUCUACGGAGUUGACAGAUAGGUCUGAGGUUGAUAGGGCAUCCAAGUGGUCGCGUAGGAAGGAAAAGAUGCUUUGUUAUCGUCGCGGUGGCAAGGGUCACUUCAUUGCGGAGUGUGUGGCUAUGUUAUGUGAUACCUGCGGUAAACUGGCACACGACUCUGCGGAGUGUCCGCUUCUGCAAGAUCAGGCACCGUCACUCAUGAUGUAUGGAGUGUACUGUGCUGAGUUAACUUUUUUUGAAUCUCCAAAUGAGCGAGAGGUUUCUGAUGAAUCCACGAGUAUGACCACGGGGAUAGUCAAGGUCACCAGAGGGGAGGUGUCUGAGACACAGAUCAUGCAGAGGCUCCGUGAGUUGGCCCCUGGGGAGUUUCAAUGGGACCUUGUCAGCCUCGUUGAUAGGAUGUUCAAGGUUGAGUUUCCUUUCGUGGAGGAUCUGCAGAUGUUGUUGAGCUUUGGGAUGUGUAAGGUGCCGACAACGGAUGGUAUCCUUGAGUUUCAAGAGUGGAAGCUUGUUGAGCCUCAGGGCAAGCUGCUUACUCAGGCGUGGCUGCGAUUCUCCGGGGCUCCCUCCAGGCCGCUGCAGGAUGCUCGGGUUAUGGCCACUAUGGGCAUUUUAGUGGGGAAGCCUGAGCAUGUGGAUAUGGAAUUCACCAGAGCUCAUGGGAUUGCUCGGGUUUUGGCUAGUAUUUUGAACAUUGAGUAUGUACCGGAAGUGGUUAAGUGGGCUUAUCGAGGCAGGAUUUAUGAUCUGGUUAUUGAGUUUGAGGAUGAGAGCCUUCUGGUUGCGCCGGCUCAUGACUCUGACGUGGAUAUGCACGAGGGUGAUGGCGGUGCGGGAGUACGGGAGCCGCCGGUCGAGGACCCUGGACGACAGCUGUCCAAGGGGCCGGGGCCCGAGCUUGCGUCGACCGGGGAUGGAACAGUCCCACCCACCGUGGUACCUUCGACGACUCUGAGAUUUGGGUCUUUUGAGCAUUCUUCUGCUCCCCCGAAGCUGUGGAGUGAUCGGAUCGAGUCCGAGGAGGCUUUUGAGCUCGAGUUACCGGCUUUGAGGUUGGAGGGUGCUGUGGACACGAUUCCUGGGGGUCGGCAGGUGGCCACUCCCUCUCGUGCUCAGCACAUGGUACCUCCGCAGGAGGUGACGCAGCUUGUUGUACCUGGCCUAUCGGGUGGGGCCCUGGGGCAGGCAGCCUCGGGUUGCUAUCCUUCUGCUGAGGAAGGGGAUUCGGGGCAGGUGGCUCCCGUGUCCUUUUCUUCGCCGGGAGGGGGUCUGGGGCAGGGGGCCUCGGAUACCUCCUCUCCCGUCGCGUCUACCUUUCGGUUGAUGGCGGCUCUGCCUUCGGGAGAGGGCUCGGGGCAGGUGGCCUCGGAGCUUUCUCCUCCUUCGGCGCCUCUGUGGGUAGCUUCUCCGGUGCUGGGUGGGGAGCGAGGGCAGAUGGCCCUUGUUCGGCCUCCACCACCCACCCUGCCAGCUUCGCCGGGCGGGGCGCUCCACAAGUCCGCGGUCUUCGUGAGUGCUUGCCCUCUCUCGGGCGAGGUUGUGGGUGAGCCCGUGCAGCUGGAUCGGCCAGCUGGUUGGGGUGCGGCAGGAGGUCGGACCCCGACCGCGAUCUCUCGGGAGGAGGUUAUUGCGUUUGGAGGGAUUCAGGAUCCGGUAUUUGAGGGGCGCCGGGUGAGUGGUCGUCUUCAGACACAGCCGGAUGUGGACGACAUUCAGCAGCGGUGCGCCAUGAGGGCGGCCAAGCUUCGUGACGUGGAGGUCACUACUGGUAUGUCGGUCAAUACUUCUAAUUCCAUUUUGCAUUUUUCUAAUGAUGAGAUUGUUCAAAAUGCAAAUCAAUUAGGAGUUUCGUUGGGUAGUAAUGACACUGAAAUCUCUAAUUCUAUUAAUGAUCUUUUAGACCUAGAGGCUGAGCGGGCCUUAGAGAUGAUUCGUAAUAUUGCGGCUGUUAAACUCAUGAGUGAUUCUGAGGUUGAUGCGCUCGGGGUCAGGGUGCUCGACAAUUUUUGUGCGGAUCUUAUGCAACCUAAUACUGACGAGGAUGUAGAGGCUGAUUCUACCGAGAUAGUUUUGGCUAGCCCCUCUGAGACUGGUUGUGAGGACCAGUUGCAGAGUCAAACUGUUCCCAAGCGCAAGUGGAAACGGAAGGUAUACCCGGUAUCCGCAGUGCGUAGGAGUGCUAGGAUCCGUACGGCAAAAAAAUUCCAUGAUGAACUAUGAAAGGAAUAUUCUGGAAUACCAGAGGUCUAUAGGACUUGGCUAAACGAAGGUUUCUUGCUGAGGCGUCUGUCGAGCAUUGUUUAGAUUUUAUCGCUCUAUCAGAGACAGGUAGAGAUAAUUUCGCGCUUCAAUUUCUAAAUACUUUAUCGGGAGGUAUAGAUUUUGAUUGGCAUUGCUUGCCGCCGAGAGGGAGGUCGGGUGGAAUCCUUCUCGGAGUUAGGUGCGAAGCGCUUGAGGUUCGCAGUGUGGUCAUGGGAGACUUUGCUGUCAAGUUUAGGAUGCGAUCGAAGGUUGAUGGGUUUAAUUGGGCUCUUGUUGCGGUAUAUGGUGCUGCACAGCCCGAGCUCAAGCCCGAGUUCUUGGCUGAUCUUGUUCGGAUUUGUGGUUCCGAGCAGUUGUCCAUCCUGGUGGGGGGUGAUUUCAAUAUAAUUAGAUGGCGUGAGGAUAAGAACAAUGAUAAUUUUGAUGGCCGAUGGUCGUUCAUGUUUAAUACUACCAUUGAAAGUUUGGACCUGAGAGAAAUUGAGCUCUCGGGUAGAAAAUUUACCUGGGCUAACGCGAUGCCAGAUCCGACGUAUGAGAAGUUGGAUCGAGUGUUGGCCAUCGUCGAUUGGGAACAAAAGUUUCCCUUGGUGACUGUCCAGGCCUUGUCCCGUGGUAUUUCUGACCAUACGCCAUUAUUUGUCGACUCUGGUGAACCCACCCAUCUGGGGAACAAAAAUGUGUUCUCCUUUGAGAUGGCUUGGUUUGAACGAGAAGGUUUCCUUGAUCUCGUGGUCAAAGAGUGGGCUAAGG